AUGCCCGUUACUACCCGCCUCCUGUCAUCAGCUGCAGAUGCAUGCAUUAAUGGUUCCUAUGAAUGCAAGUUGCAACAACCAUCUGCAACAUCAUACAGAGGGUCCUGCUUGCAGGGUCCUCGUCUUGGGGGCAAAAUGCACACAACCUUUGUGAAAAGUCCCUCCCCACAUACUAGUACUCACCCCCCCAACAACACUGUCACUUCAUUGGAGCCACUAUCAAAAUCCAAAGUUCAAGUAAUCAAACACCCAGCACCAACACCUUUGCAGAGGGAGGCAUCCCCCAAACCAGCUGAUGAAUAUGUCCCAAGAGAUGACUUACGCAAGCGGAUUAUCGCCGCCAUCAGAGAUCCCGAUAACGUGGAAGAAGUCGAAGAAUUCUUCAAUGUGUCACAAGACGAUUAUCUUUAUAUUUUAGAUGCAAUCGAUGAAGAUGAAGAUGGCGAUGGAGAUAAAGUAAUCCGCAAACUGGUUUAUGCUGAGGAACUCAAACUCCUUACCGCCACCCUGCCUAACCGACUUCAUCAAGCAUAUCUCGCCCCAAUGAGCGCCACCCUGCUCGGCGCUGUGGGGUCGAUGGGCAUUCCCUAUCGUUACGGGCAGAUUCGGAUCCAGACAGAUAUCCAUCUUCUGAGCGCCGUCGGUGUCAAACUUGGAGUGCCGGACAUGGUGAUGGAAUAUAAGGACCCGGACGGUGAUUGUAUUCCACUAUGGGCCACGGAGAUCAGCGUCUCACAGACGAAGAAAUCGGCGACAAGGAGACUCGGCAACUACAUGGUGAAACGCAAGGAUCUUCUCGCAAUCACCUCCAUCGAUGUAGAAGAAAUGAAGAAGCAUGCGGGGCCCCGGUCAGGGUCGGAGGCGGUAGAUGUCUUAGAAGAACGCCCAUCAGUCUCGACAUUCUCGCAAUGGCUGUCGUUCACGGCCACCAACGAUGAGGACCCUACUGUCAUGAGAACGUUUCGUCACGUCUGGCAGCAACCCCUCACCGUGACAAUCACAACGUGGCUUCGCCGCCCCGACGGCAGCUUCCGUAUCGAUGAAGAGGAUCCUGAUCUCUGCGCAACAGCGUAUUUGUUCCCUGAGCGCAGUGAUCUUGAAGACGUUGACCGCGUUUUUCGGUGUACCUUGGAGAGGAUCAGAGACCACGUCGUCUCCUUGAUUGGAGUUAGGUCUCCACGCGUGGUUGAGGAUGCCCCCUUCGAUCGUAUUCAUGCAUGGUCUCCUCCGACACCGCUGAUCGAAUGGGACCUGCUCGCUGAUGAGAUCAUUGUCGGCGCGAGGCAAACAGGGUACACACGUUAUGCUGGCUGCCAUCAAAAAAUACUCAAGCGCAAAGCGGAAGCAGACGAAGUAACCACCGGAGGGUCUGGAACUUCAAAGAGGACUAGGGCAGCUUAG